UCAAAAACAUUAGGAUUGAUAGCCAAGGAAAUAGGACCAGGGGUAACUACAAAAUAUUUAGAUAAAUUAGCUGAAGAAUAUAUCAGAGAUAAUGGUGGGAUACCUGGGUUUUUAGGUUUAUAUAACUUUCCAGCGACCUUAUGCGUUUCUCCAAACGAGGAGGUUGUUCAUGGGAUACCUAAUGAUAAACCUUUGGAAGAUGGAGAUAUUAUUUCUGUUGAUUGUGGGGUCUUAAUGAAUGGUUUUUAUGGAGACCAUGCUUAUUCUUUUGAAAUUGGAAAUAUUUCAAAAGAGGUGAAAAAAUUAUUAGCCAUUACAAAAGAAAGUUUAUACAAAGGAAUUGAGCAAUGUAGAAAAGGAAAUAGAAUAGGAGAUAUUUCUUAUGCUAUUCAAAGUCAUUGUGAAAAAGAGGGAUACGGUGUGGUAAGAGAACUUUGCGGGCAUGCCUUAGGUAGAGGUAUGCACGAAGACCCAGCGGUCCCAAAUUUCGGCAGAAGAGGGACAGAAUUUGACGACUUAGAUGUUUGGAAAGAUAUUGUAAUUGCAUACUUAUCUGAAAAUGGUUUCGAUAGUUUUUGGGAAACAGAAUCAGGAAUUAGUGCUUAUGCUGAAAUUAAUUUUGAUGCUGAAAAUGUCCUAAAUAAUUUAAUUUCAGAAUAUAAUUUAACAUCAUUAAAGUGGAAUAAAAAAAUAUUAGAACAAAUCAACUGGAACCAAGAAUGGGAAAAGCAUUUUGAACCAAUAAAUAUAGAUGAUAAAAUACUCGUAAGAGCAGAUUUUCAUCCAGAAAACCCUUUCAUACAAGAAGAGAUUAUUAUACAGCCAAAAAUGUCGUUCGGAACAGGGCAUCAUGAAACAACAUAUUUAAUGCUUCAAAAUAUGAUAAAUAUAGAUUUUAAAAAUAAAUUUGUUUUAGAUAUUGGAUGUGGAACAGGAAUUUUAGCAAUUUAUGCUAAAAUGAAACAUGCUCAAAAUGUAAUUGCUAUUGAUAAUGACCAAUGGGCGUAUGCAAAUUCUAUUGAAAAUGCAGAAAGAAAUAAUCUAAGUUUUGAUAUUAUUUUGGGAGAUUUUUCCAAAAUUCAGAAUGAAAAAUUUGAUAUUAUUUUAGCUAAUAUUAAU